GAUUAUCACCUCAACAUGUGAGCAGAUAUGUAACGUAUUUGUUUGUGACAGAACAGAUCAGACAUUAUCAUGGGGUCGUAAACAUGCUGGCAUAAGAAUUGUAAUGAGUUGUUAAAAAUGAUACUAUUUGACAAUGUUUGUUGGUAACACAGCCUGUCGGUUAGGUGUGCCCAACUUGUACCGGUUGAUCUUACGCUAACAUCUGCCUCAGCUCCUUUUGGAACAGUCUUGCUGUGUGACCGUUCAAACUUAGAAUUAUUUCGGGGAACUAGCUUCUGGAUCUCCACGCCUGAAAACACAAGCAGAGAUGAUCUCAGGCAAAACAGGAAUCUUUAUUAAAUAUAGGUGAAAGCAACAUUCAUUCAGUUAACAUUCUAUAGUCACCAUUCAAAUCCAUAGUUCAUUGGUAAGACAAUUAUGAUACCAUGAUCCACACAAUAGUGGUUUUAACCGAUUCAUGUAUUCUGUUAGAUGUGGUUAAAUACAUGACAAAAGAAACGUUUCUAAAGUACGCCACUCUGUGGAAAUAUUGCGGAUCAGUUGUGAUUGUCAAGUAGAUCGAUGACUUUUGAUAUCACCCAUGUAAAGAUCUUCACUUGAUACCGCGUCACUGUACUUGUCAAACCGACCAAUUCCUAUUUUUUGUAGUAAUAUUUCGAGCUGUCGUAAGACCUUUCAGAGAUUCAGACGUUUCAGCAGCACGGUAAAAUAUUGAAUCAAGUGAUCAUGUGUUUUUAAAAUAAAUCACUGACCGAACAUUUAUAGCAAAGAACUUUCAUUGUUUAUAAGGUAUAUUCAUCUACAGGUGCCAAAUGUCCCAACAACCAGCAUUAUACUGAGUGUGAUGAACAGACAGGUCAAUGCAGUACCAAGUGCCACAGAGGAUAUUUCGGCCCCAACUGCAGGGAUGUUUGCAGCAGCAGGUGCAGGUACCACACGUGUGAGCUGCUCCCUGACAAAGGUAUUGGGAGAUGUACUGCUGGUUGUAUACCUGGAUUCCAGGGUCUCACCUGUCACAGGCCAUGUGACACUCUCCAGGUAGGCUGUACCAGGUGCCCAGGUGGAUGUGAUGGGGAGUAUUGUCAGGUGGCUGGAGCUUGUUUCUCUGGUUGCAGCCGCUCCUACUACGGAGCAGGAUGUAAGACAUGUUCCAGCAGAUGUAAGUCCUGCAACAGGAUCACAGGAGUGUCACCCUCCUUAUUCUGGAGUAGAGUGUAGACACUCAUGUGAGAACUGUGUCGGAGGGUGUGAGAGUGGCUGUACAGAGGGAUGCAGACAAGGUUUCUAUGGUGACGGCUGUACUGAAGCCUGCAGUGACACCUGUCGACCUAACCCCUCCCUGACCACGGGUGGACAAUGUCCAGAUGGAGACACGUGUCCACCUGAGUGUCACAGCCAGACUGGCGAGUGUGUCUACGGUUGUGUUGAUGGCUGGUAUGGCCCCAAGUGUUCACGGCGAUGCACCUCUAACUGCCAGCACCAGAGGUGUAACCAGGUAGGUGCGUGUGUUGUGGGGUGUGAACAGUUCAGAUCUGCUUGUGAAAGCUGCCUGGAGCAAUGCCUCAACCUCACCUGUGCCUCAAUCAACGCCUCUUGUUGCAGUGGUUGCAGUAAUGGUACAUCUGGUUGUGUGGUGCCCUGUAAUGUAUGUACUGUAUGUCUUGAUGGUGUUGCUACAAACUCCGGUGAACACAACGUCACCGGGUGCAGGUACAACUGCACACACAACGUGUCAUCACCUGGCUGUCCUCCCGGGCUUGUCCCACAGAUGUUCCACUAAUAGACAUAGACACAGUGAAGUAUCUUGUGCUGGCUGUCAUCUGUAUCCUAGCAACAGGUCUGUGUGGUUGCUGCUGCUACCACAGAGGGUUGUCCACAAAUUGGUGGGUUACACCAUCACCGCCAACUACAACACAAUUAUACAGUUAGAUUAAGGCAACUCACCUGAUGUUAUUGAUAUUUAGAGACAAGAUGGGUUGCUGUCCACAAACAGGUGGGUUACACCAUCACCACCAACUACAACACAGUUAUACAGUUAGAUUAAGGCAACUCACCUGAUGUUAUUGAUAUUUAGAGACAAGAUGGGUUGCUGUCCACAAACAGGUGGGUUACACCAUCACCACUAACUACACAAUAAUUAUAUAGUUUGAUGAAAUUCGUUGAUAAUUCAUGUGAUUUUAGUCUGUUUUUACAGAAAUGAUGAGAUGUUGUCAUUAAC